AUGACGCUCUCCGGUGUCGAGGUCUCCAAACACGACAACAAAGAAUCGUGCUGGGUCAUUAUACAUGGCAAAGCCUAUGAUGUGACAGAGUUUCUCCCGGAGCACCCGGGUGGAAUGAAAAUCAUACUCAAGUAUGCUGGCAAAGAUGCGACCGAGGAGUUCGACCCUAUUCACCCCCCAGACACAUUGGACAAGUACCUCGACAAGUCGAAACACCUCGGGGUGGUGGAUAUGAGCACCGUCGCCAAAGUCGAGAAGGAAGCUGACCCAGCCGAGGAAGAGCGUCAGCAAAGGAUCAAAGACAAGCCUCUGUUGGACCAAUGUUACAAUCUUCUUGAUUUCGAGUCCGUGGCCAAGCAGACUAUGAAGAAGGGCGCCUGGGGAUACUACUCCAGCGCUGCAGAUGAUGAAAUUACGCUACGAGAGAAUCACGAGGCCUUCCACAGGAUAUGGUUCCGUCCCAAGGUCUUGGUGGAUGUCAAAACGGUCGACUUUUCUACUACCAUGCUGGGCACCAAGGUUGAUAUGCCAUUCUACGUUACGGCCACAGCUCUGGGCAAACUCGGCCAUCCCGAAGGCGAGGUGGUGUUGACAAAGGCUGCCAAGAAGCAUAAUGUGGUGCAAAUGAUCCCGACCCUUGCAUCAUGCUCAUUUGACGAAAUCAUGGAUGCUGCCGAAGGAGAUCAGGUUCAAUGGCUGCAACUCUAUGUCAAUGCGGACCGCAAGAUCACCCAGCGCAUCGUUGAGCACGCCGAGAAACGGGGGUGCAAGGGCCUUUUCAUCACAGUGGACGCCCCCCAGCUUGGAAGGAGAGAGAAAGAUAUGCGAUCCAAAUUCGAGGAUCAGGGAACUAACGUCCAGUCCGGCCAAGCGACAGACAACAGUCAAGGUGCUGCGCGGGCAAUUUCAUCAUUCAUCGACCCGAGUCUGUCCUGGAAAGAUAUCGCCUGGUUCAAGUCCAUCACCAAGAUGCCGAUUAUCCUCAAAGGCGUACAGCGUGUGGAGGAUGUGCUCAAGGCGGUCGAGGUUGGAGCACAGGGUGUGGUUCUUUCCAACCAUGGAGGACGUCAGCUCGAUUUUGCCCGCUCUGGUGUCGAGGUUCUCGCCGAGACGAUGCCAGUCCUCCGUGAACUAGGCCUGGAGAACAAUAUCGAGGUCUACAUUGACGGCGGAGUUCGCCGCGCAACCGACAUUAUCAAGGCACUCUGUCUCGGCGCCAAGGGUGUCGGCAUCGGACGGCCGUUCCUGUACGCCAUGUCGGCAUACGGUCUGGAAGGUGUCGAUAGGGCUAUGCAGCUGCUGAAGGACGAGAUGGAGAUGAACAUGCGCCUCAUUGGCUGUACAAGUAUCGACCAGCUCAACCCAUCACUUAUCGAUGUGAGAAACUUGGGCAGUCACGUCACGCCGGUACCAAGGGAUAAUUUGGGUCACACCGUGUAUGAUGCGCUUGCCACGCCUGCAUUUAAACUGCCCAAAGCGAAGCUGUAG